UUACCAGAAAUCUUCAACCGCAUCAUUUCGAUUCGCAAGCUCUACGGCCGACAGCAAGGAUUCAGCCGAGCGUGGAACGGCCCCAUGCCGUACGUGAUGAUCUCCAAAGCCAGUGCAGUGGAGCCCAUUCUCGGCAGUCCACGACACAUCGAAAAAAGUCACGACUACGAAUUCCUGAAACCAUGGCUUGGCACCGGCCUACUCACCAGCCAGGGCAAAAAGUGGCAUCCCCGAAGAAAAAUUCUAACGCCUGCUUUCCACUUCAAAAUCCUCGAUGACUUCGUGGACAUCUUCCAGGAGCAGAGUGCCGUGCUGGUUCAACGCCUGGAGCAGGAACUGGGCAACGAAGAGGGGUUCAACUGUUUUCCGUAUGUGACCCUGUGCGCCCUGGAUGUCGUUUGCGAAACUGCGAUGGGACGCCUCAUACACGCUCAGAAGAACUCCGACUCGGAAUAUGUAAAAGCUGUUUAUCAAAUCGGCGCUAUCGUUCAGAAUCGCCAGCAGAAGAUCUGGCUGCAGCCAGAUUUCAUUUUCAAGCGUACCGAAGACUACCGGAACCACCAGCGAUGCCUGUCAAUCUUGCAUGAGUUCUCCAACCGGGUGAUCCGAGAGCGCAAGGAAGAGAUCCAGAGGCAGAAGCUUACCAACAACAACUACAAGUCGGCAGAGGCAGCAACUAGUGUCGACGGAAACAACAACGCCGAAGAGUUCGGUCGCAAAAAGCGGUUGGCAUUCUUGGAUCUGUUAAUCGAAGCAUCGCAGGAUGGAACCGUCCUCUCCAACGAGGACAUUCGCGAAGAGGUGGACACGUUCAUGUUCGAAGGUCACGACACAACGUCGGCAGCCAUCUCGUGGAUCUUGCUGUUGCUGGGUGCGGAACCAGCGAUCCAGGAUCGCAUCGUCGAAGAGAUCGAUCAUAUCAUGGGCGGCGAUCGGGAUCGGUUCCCCACGAUGAAGGAGCUGAACGACAUGAAGUACCUGGAGUGUUGCAUCAAGGAAGGCCUCCGGCUGUACCCGAGUGUUCCGUUGAUUGCCCGCAAGCUGGUCGAGGACGUCCAGAUCGAGGACUACACCAUCCCUGCCGGCACGACAGCGAUGAUUGUGGUCUACCAGCUGCAUCGGGACCCGGCCGUUUUCCCCAAUCCGGAUAGGUUCAACCCGGACCACUUUUUGCCGGAGAAUUGCCGCGGACGGCACCCGUACGCGUACAUCCCGUUCAGCGCCGGUCCACGGAACUGUAUUGGGCAGAAGUUUGCCGUGCUAGAGGAGAAAUCGAUUAUUUCGGCAGUGCUGCGGAAGUACCGGAUCGAGGCGGUAGACCGGCGGGAAAAUUUGACGCUGCUGGGUGAGCUUAUUCUGCGGCCCAAGGAUGGCUUACGGAUAAAGAUCAGUCGGCGGGAGUGAACACAUUGCGUUCGAGAGUAUCAUUCUUUAUUUGUUUUUUUUCUUAUUAAGGUUUUUAAUUUUAGGCUCUAUACGUUUUGUGUUUUCAUGACAUAAUGUUCAUUGAGUUUGUAUAUUUUGAUUAUGAAUAAUAAUGGUGAUAAUGACGGAUGAAAGAGAGAGUGGAAGGAAGAAAGCAGCGUUGCGGUUGAAAGUGUUGUUUGGAUUAUAUUCGCUGCUACAGUUCGUACCACACCGAAAUAAAACUAUUCAGUGCAAUAAAACUUCAUAAAACAA